GUGGUGGGGCCUGGUGCGGGGCGCUGGACCCGGGAGGCGCUGGGGCGCGGGGCGUAGCCCGCCGCUAUGGACCCGUUCCUGGUGCUGCUGCACUCGGUGUCGGCCGGCCUGUCGAGCGGCGAGCUGACCGAGCUCAAGUUCCUGUGCCAGGGCCGCGUGGGCAAGAGGAAGCUGGAGCGCGUGCAGAGCGGCCUGGACCUCUUCUCCGUGCUGCUCGAGCAGAACGAGCUGGACCCCGAGCACACGGCGCUGCUGCGCGAGCUCCUCGCCUCCCUGCGGCGCCACGACCUGCUGCGCCGCCUGGACGACUACGAGGCGGGGGCGGCGGGCGGCGCCGCGCCGGAGGAGCAAGACCUGCAGGCAGCCUUUGACCUCAUAUGUGAUAACGUGGGGAAGGACUGGAAGAGACUGGCUCGUCAGCUGAAAGUGUCAGACGCCAAGAUUGAUGCCAUCGAGGAGAGGUAUCCCCGGAACCUGACGGAACAGGUGAGGGAGUCGCUGCGAGUCUGGAAGAACACCAGCCGGGGCGACGCGGCCGUGUCCCACCUGGUGGGGGCGCUCCGGGCCUGCCGGCUGAACCUGGUGGCCGACUACAUCCAGGAGGAGCAGCAGGCCCGGGCCCUCCGGGACCAGGAGAGUGCUGGAAGCUCUGUGUCCCUAAUGUCAUGGGACUCAGACAGGCCCGCCUCGGGAGCCUCCUGACGACCCAGCGGCUCUUCUCCAGGGACCCAGGGCGUCUGCGCCUGUGGACUUGGCUUCCUCCACCGGACUGACUGAGUGCCUUCCACGGGUGGUGUUGUGAAGACCUAACGGUGAGCCAGGCUGAGAGGCCCGGCGCCCGCAGCGCCGCAGGCUGCCUGCCUUGUGAGUCCAAGCAGCGUUUACCCAGCGCUUACUCUGUGCCAGGCGGGGCUGUGGGCACUGUACAGACGCAUCCCUGGACCCCUCAUGAUCGCCCUGCAGGGGAGAUUCUCUUGUCCCCAUUAAACUGUUCCCACAGGAGGAAGUUUAGAACCACGUCCAGCACAUAGAAGGAAUCUGUAUGAGUUACGGUUGUCACCGUGCUUGUUCUACAGGUGCGGAGGUGAGCACAGAGUCAGGAGCUGGAGGAAGGUCCGUAGUGAUGGGAGAGCUGGGGUUGGAACCAGCACCGUCCUCCAGAGCCCACGCUUGUCACCAGCAGGUCGUUCUGCUGCCCCCGCAGUUGGCCCCAGGCUCUGAGGCCUCCAGUGUAGACUGAACCGGGGCAGGCGGGGCGGGGGUGAGAGGCACCCUGACCGGGGCACCCGUGCUCCAGCUCGUGGCCCUUGGCUGGGUGGAGGCUCCUCGGAGGCCGCAGAGUAGGGCAGUCAGGUGUUUGAGGACACGCUGAGGCCCUCAGACGUGACUGGGGCUCAGUCACCACUCUACACGUGUGAGUGCUUAGAAGUGUCCUGAUUCCUGUGAUGCCACUGUUGGUCACUAUUUUGUGUUAAAAUCACUAUCUUUCUGAUAACAGAACUGGCAAGGGAGCUGGAUGCUGUAAUUUUAAAAAGUAAUCUUUCUUCCUGCUUCUAAGGUAAUCCUGUUAAAGCAAGUGCUUUUACAGUGGAAUCCCACAUAUUACAAAGAACUUUCCAUUCCUAUAGAUUAUUUCAUUUCACAUAGUCUCAGAAGUCCCCUCGCAGCCGAUUUCAGGAUCCCUGGCAGCUUUUCAUGGGCUCAGCCUAUGAACAUGGUGACUGGAUCUCAUGACAGCUCCACAGACCACUAAGGAGGGGAGUGGUCACCCUUAGCAAGCUUUGGUUCCCCAGAGGGCAGCUUCCACCCACUCUGGGCCCUGCGUACCUCCAAGAGGCCUCCGAGAGCCAAGUGGCCGUCCCUUGUCCCAGUCUUCCAACUGUGACCUUGGGAAAGCCGCAUGUGAUGUCAUGCCGUGCUGCCUUGCCCUUGGGUUGCUGAGAUCCUAGCAGCACUGUCCCCAGAAAGCUGUGGGCCCGACCUCUGAGCACCCCACACACACCUUCAGCACAUGCUCACUGACACUGGGCACUGUGCCAGGAGCUGGGACCAUAGCAGUAAACAAGACAGAAGUGGCCCUGCCCUGUUGACCCUGCAAGCCUGGCCGGGAGCCCAAGUGUUGGCCAGUUCAUCACAAGUGUGGGGUGCUGCCAGGUAGCUGAGCGGUGUCGGUCCCUCACGGGUGUGUGACCUUGUGUUAGACAGUCUGCUUUCCCUGCCUGCACUGGCGCCUGCCUCUUCAAGCCUCAGGUCAGGGCUGGUUCUGUGCACGACAGACAUCAUCCCCAUCGAUAAAUGAGAGUGGCUGGGCUAAUAGGUAGCUUUGGGAAGUAGGUUUUCUGGAAAACGUGCAUGUUUCUUGAACAGAGGCAGGUUUCAGAGGGUCUACCACUCCCUCCUGGUCUAGGGCAUAAACUACUGAAACGUGGACAUGCUGAACAUCCUGACAUCCGCCCCACGUCCUCCUCACCUGGAAGGAACCCAGACUCUCCGUCACACUGGGGGUUCUGAUAGAGGGUUUGACGACACGGGAUUCCCAAGCACCACGAAGGGCUUGGUCCCCAGCUCUGCCGCUGGCUAACUCCUGUGGCCCUGCAGAGACCGUGCGGUGAGGGAGGAGGAGCCACCUUGCCCCAUCUGCUGUGUGACCUGAUCGUACCCAGCACGAGGCAGAAGAGGAGGUGCUGGGUGAGCAAGUCCUCUCUGGCCGGCGCUCGGAGUGUGUGCUGCGGGAAAGCUGUAGAGCAGGGUGACAUGGGGUGAACUUGCACCAGACACUGCCCCUUGGAGAUGGGGGCUCAGAGCCAGAGAGAAGCCUCCGUGGAUUCAUCCAGGCCCCGGCCACCAUCGCUGGCCCUGUGCCAGCACUGGGGCUCGGCUGAGCAGGCCGAGCAGCCUGCCCUCAGGAAGCACAGAAUUGGCCCGACAUUGUAAAACAGAAGGAAAAAGCAUAAUAAAAGUAUGCACGCAGUGUAAGGAGAAAGCUUUACAUGGGCGCUCAAAGUGGGAAAAGACAGCAAGUGCCUGAGAGCGAUGAUUUUCUGGAUGAUAGCAUUAUUUAUACUUUCUGUAUUGCCUACGUUUUCUGUCGUGUCUGUUCUCAUUGCCCACCAGAUACAGUAAUAGGUGUAUCGUGGGCUGUUCAGUGGGGAGCGUGUCCAAGGAGCAGUGGAGCUUGUGGGCUUUCCAGUCUGACCUGGGUUCUAAUCCUGGCUCCGCCCCUUGGUGGCUCCAUGACCCUAAAAGGGGGCCAUCAGAUAAAAAGUGCUUCCCCAAAUCUGUGCGACCUGCCUCUCAGGGGCCUUAAAAAUGGGCAGUGACAUGUCACCCAGAGCCUGGGGGUCUGUCGAAAGGCUGUUCUGUUCUUCGGGGUCUCCCUGCACUGGAGCCUGGCGUUUGGCCUCUAGGCCUGAGAUGUCGCUUUCUCCCUCACCUCUGAACCCUGCUUCAAGGCAGAAGAUGUUCUGGAUCUUUUUAUAACCUCUCCUGGGACAGAUCGGAUUGACAUCUAAGCAAGUGUGACCUUUGGGAUGGAGUCCAUUACACCCAACCUAGGCAGGGAGCUGCUACAAUUUUUGGACAAGGAGUUCUCAUGGCAACUUUACAAAAAAAACCAUCCACGUUCCUCUAUAUUUUUUUUGCAGUCAUGUGAAAUUUAUAUUUCUGAUGAAGGUGCACACAAUUCCCGUGGUUUGCUUGAAAGCUGAAGUUGAGAGCCACAUUUUGCUCUUAAUCCUUUUUCCCUUGAGAAAGAGAGGGAAGGAAAGGUCCAAAUGUAUGUGCUUUGUGGGGGAUUUCAGGCCAAUGAAGGGGAGUUUGAUCAAGCGUUUCCUGCAGCAGAGGGUCGGCUCCCUCAGCCUCUGGCCCCUGCACAGUGCCCAGCUUCAGCCCCCUCUGGGCUCUUCCCGUGGGGGCAGGGGCCCUCGUCCAUCCUCUUCCCUCCUCGCUUGCUCCCUCCUCAUCCGCCGCAUCUUCCUCCCCGGCGCCCCAGGCCACUCCCCUGAACUGCACUUGCACAAGUCACAGGUUGCCCAAUCUGUUGGACGCUUUGUUCUGUCUUGCUCAACCCCGAGGGAGUCGGACGCUUCUCUUCACCAUUCUCCCGUGAAAUUUUCUUCUGGUUUUCCUCCUUCCUCUCUGGCCACUCCACUUCAGCCUCCUUCACACCCACUCCUAGCACCCGUCCACCACGCUCACUCUGAACCCCCAAGGGAGCACAGGCCCUUGGUUUCACCCAUCCCAGGUCCCUGGUGCCCCCACGUCUUUCUCUGAGGCCCCCCAGACCCAUGUGGUGAGCCACCUAGGGGCAGCUUUUUUGCCAUGCAAGGGAGCAUAUUCAUGGGUUUUGGGGAUUAGGACAUGGGCACCUGGGGAGGUGGGCGUUAUUCUGCCCACCACACACCUCAACUAAGCAUCUCCCAGCACUCUGUGCCCAGUUCCAGGCCCACACCACAGUCCGCCCAGACCCGGGCCCAUCCUUGGGCUCCCCUGUGUAUGACAGCACCAGAUCUGGAUGACCUCACAAGGCUCCUUUCUACCCCUCUCCUCCUGCCCGCCUGCCCCAGCAGAGCCCCACCGCUCCUCUGGGGACAGCCCCGCCUCUGCUCCUCCCUGCCCCUUCCACCCCCACCCGCAGCCAGAAACACAAAUCGAGUCACACUACAGACCCCCACUGUAUUCCCAGAAACCACAAGCGCUCUCCGCGUAUUGUUGGGUUUUGUCUUUUUAUUUCCAUGGUAGCUGUUCUGAGUCAUCUUGCUGACUGCUUUCUAACCACAGGAUUCCUGUGUGCAUUGUGUUUGGAACUAGAUAGGCAGGCAUGACUUGGGGUUGCGUGUGCUCGUGGGAAGAUGGCCAGUCACCCUUCAUCUGCUGAUACAGAGGAAAACCUCUCUUACAGGGGACAUUUGCAAGCAAAAUCCAUUUUCAUCAAAGGAGCCCUCAGUUUCUUAAGUCAUUAACUAAGUUGAGACACUGUGGCAAGAGUCACACGUGUAUACCAACCACAUCAGUUGUCACCAAGAAACAGGCCGAUUUAGGGCAUGAAUGGGGUCGUCAUCGAGGAAAAGCCACAUGACGUAGAGGAAGCCAUCCUGGUGGGGCUUGACUAGAGAAGCAUAGUGGGCCAGUGAGUACCCCAGACUCCCGGCAGUGCUGUGCAGGCUUCCCCACUUCCCAAACCCGCCUGAUGAGGGUCUGUAGACACGAGGCGGCUACUUUUUUUCAGCAAAACAUGUUGUUUCAUGAGACAGAGCUAUCGGAGGAGGUGACAUAGUUCUGGAGAUGCAUGGUGGUGAUGGUUGCACAGCAUUGUGAAUGCACUCAGUGGCACUUAAAAAUGGCUAAAAGGGCCAGCCCAGUGGCGUAGUGGUUAAGUUCACGCGCUCUGCUUCGGCAGCCUGGGGUUCACAGGUUCAGAUCCCAGGCACGAACCUGCACCACUCGUCCACCGUGCUGUGACGGUGACCCACAUACAGAAUGGAGGAUGACUGGCAGCGGAUGUUAGCUCAGGGCAGAUCUUCCCCCACCCCCCCAAAAAAAAAUGGCUGAAAGGGUAAGUUUUAUGUUAUGUAUAUUUUACCACAAUUAAAGAAUCAUACCUCAUGUUAAAUUAACCAUGCAUUUAAUUAUGUUGUGAAUUUAAAUUCUAUCUGUUUUGCAGGCUUUUCUCUCCCUAGUUUGUCAUUUUACUGGCAUUUUAUAGUUUACGAGAGCCAGAGGCAUAAGCUUAUGUCUGGCCUUAGAUUUGUAUUUAUUGAAGUAACAUUAUUAUAAAUAAAACCUUGCUCCUCA